CUUCCGUCCAUCCGUUGGUUGUUGGCGGCUGAUGUAUUCUUCCGCCAAUCCCCCUCGAAUACAUUUACUGCCGGCUGCGACGGAGUCCGAAUCGGAAGAGGCGACCGCCGGAGGGAGAAUCAGAAAACGGCCGACUUGGACGAAGGAGAAGGAAGUGGUAUCGGUGGCGGCAUUGUGGAGGAACAGAUAUUGGGUACUAAUUACUGAGGCAUGGGAAAAGUAUUCCAAAAGGAAUCAUCGUCCACCAUGGUUACUUCUUCCACCAUGGAUGACAGCAUUUUGGCCCAAGGUAAUGCACGGGCAGCAACUUGUUUUGACGCAGCUGCCGCCUGCCAGG